AUGAAGAUGGGAUCAUAUCGUAGCAUCCCUGUCUCCUCCUGCCCCAUCCUGUCCCGUUUCGUGCUGCGUGCCGUUGCACUUUCUUUCCCACCGGAACCAAGUCCACCUGGCACGCCGCACCCCAACUUCCCCUUGAGCCUUUGGUGUUUGCCCCCAUGUACUGUGUAUAUCGAGCAGUCGCAACUGAGGUGGACUGCUGCUUGCUUUCCCCUCUGGUGCGCCAGUACUCCCUACCUGUUGCAGGGACGAAUGUCCUUUGUUCUGAGUGGUACAGACUACAGAGUACCCAUGGUCAUAAUGGCCCAGCACAUCCACCUCCACUAUCCGGUUGCUGUCCCGUUUUGUCCACAUCAAUCUGUCGGUAGUACUUUAUCAUUACACGCACUUUUUCUCUCUUUUGGAGGGAACGCGUUGCUGACCAUCUCUGACCCAUUCUUCCCUUUGCAUUCCCCGGCCUCUUUUCCUCUGUUCUCUUCUCCCCUCGCGGAACCUGACGAAGCGCCUUGUGCCAAACCCUUCGGACUUCGUCACCAAUUCGAACGGAUUUCGACAGCUUUCCUUCACUUGACGGACAUAAACAUCUAUCCCCGUCAACGCAGCGAGUGCAUGGCAACUUGGCCCAGAAUCUAUAUUGCCUCCGUUGCGCUUGAAGUUGUAGCCAGAUCCACUGCUACCGCCAAGAUUGAGACGACGUUUGGGCCCAGCUGCCCGAUCUGA